UUACAGAUAUGUCGUUUGUUUCUGUUUGCUAAGCAUUAGCUAGUUAAAUGCAAUAACACAAAAUACUGCGAUUUUUAAACAAAUGUAUAUAUUAUUCUAAUGGUGGAGCCUGUGUUGUGUUUCGCAUGCGUCCAGUAUGAGCGGGGGCUUGGCACCAAGCAAGAGCACUGUGUAUGUGUCUAACCUGCCUUUCUCUCUGACCAACAAUGACUUACACAAGCUAUUCACCAAAUACGGAAAAGUUGUAAAGGUUACAAUCGUUAAGGAUAAAGACACUCGCCAGAGUAAAGGGGUGGCUUUUGUUCUCUUCCUGGACAGAGAAUCAGCACAUAACUGUGCAAGAGCAGUAAACAACAAACAGCUGUUUGGCAGAACAGUGAAAGCGAGCAUUGCAAUCGACAACGGACGAGCAGCUGAGUUCAUAAGGAGGCGGAACUACACAGACAAGUCUAAAUGUUAUGAAUGUGGGGAUUCAGGUCAUCUGAGCUACGCAUGCCCCAAAAACAUGCUCGGAGAGAGGGAACCUCCGAAGAAGAAAGAAAAGAAAAAGAAGAAAAAGGCUCAACAACCUGAGCAUGUCGAAGAAGAAGAAGAAGAAGAAAGUGAAGAAGAAGGAGAGGAUCCAGCCUUAGAUAGUCUGAGCCAAGCCAUAGCUUUUCAGCAAGCCCGUAUUGAGGAAGAGGAGGAGAAGCAGAGGAAGCGGGCACUUCUGUCACAAGAGGGCGAUGCACACGCUUCAACAUCCUCCGAUUCUAAGAAACCAAGGAUCAAGAAGAGCGCAUACUUCAGUGACGAGGAGGAGCUCAGUGACUAAAAAUUAUAAUACAUAUUUUGGAUUUCACCAAAAUGUUUGGUGAAUAUGGAUUUAGUUUUUUAAAGGCAUUUUGUAUUACAGUUAGGCUCAAUUUUUUUCCUUCUUGUACAUAGUACUGAGACAUUUUAUGUUUCAAUAAAUACUGUGUAAUUGUUCUUGGUUUGGCAGAUAAUUGUGUGUGUGUAUGAUUUAUUUUAUUUUAUUGUUUAUUUUUUAAAUGUCAGUCAAUAAAGCUUUUCUUAAUGACAAACCAGAUUAAUUGUUGGUUAUUCCAGCGUCAACAACAAAAUCAAAUAAAGAAUGCCAAAGAAAAAAGGAGGUUAUUGACUACUUUUAGUUCAAUUAAGUAAAUGGCAAUAGUUUGGUUAACAAAGCUGAUGAUUAAAAAAAAUGUAUUUCUUAAUCACUGAUCAAUUUACUGGUUGGAUUGUUUUUACAUAUAUGUAUAAAUUUGUCUAUGAAAUAUCAAAAGUCAUGAGAAUUGUGUGUCAGGUCAACAUAAUUUUGUG